AUGGCGGCCUCUCCUGUCGCGGUUGUCUGCAUCGGCAUGGCCGGUUCGGGCAAGACCACGUUCAUGCAGAGGAUUAACAACUAUCUGCACGUCAACAACAAGAAGCCAUACGUCCUCAAUCUUGACCCUGCAGUACUCAAUGUUCCUUUCCAAGCAAAUAUCGACAUUCGGGACAGUAUCAAUUACAAAGAGGUCAUGAAACAAUAUAACCUAGGCCCCAAUGGGGGUAUCCUUACCUCGUUGAACUUAUUUGCAACAAAGAUCGACCAGAUCAUUGGACUGCUAGAGAAGCGCGCCAACCCACCACCAGAAAGCUCGAUUGUGCCGCCCAAACAUUUCCUGGUUGACACACCAGGGCAGAUUGAGGCGUUCGUCUGGUCCGCUUCUGGCAGUAUCCUCUUGGAAUCGCUUGCCUCCUCCUUCCCCACGGUGAUCGCUUACAUUAUCGACACUCCGCGCACAUCAUCAACGUCGACUUUUAUGUCCAACAUGCUAUAUGCAUGCUCCAUUCUGUAUAAGACCAAACUCCCGAUGAUUUUGGUGUUCAACAAGACGGAUGUUCAGGAUGCCGAGUUUGCAAGAGAAUGGAUGACCGACUUCGAAAAGUUCCAAGAAGCACUUCACGAAGAGGAGAACAAAGGCGUCUUUGGGGGUGAAGGAUUUGGUGGUAGCGGCUACAUGGGCAGCCUGCUCAACAGUAUGAGUUUGAUGUUGGAGGAAUUUUACUCUCAUCUGAAUAUGGUGGCCGUCUCAAGCAUGACUGGCGAGGGUAUUGACGAUUUUUUUGACGCGGUUGAGGAGAAACGUAAAGAGUUUGAAAGAGACUACAAACCAGAAUUGGAGAAGAGGAGGAGAGAGCGAGAGAACGAGGCUGCCAGCAAACGUGAACAGGAUCUGACAAGAGUGAUGAGAGAUAUGAGCAUGGACGCCGCAACAAACGCGCCCGGGAAACAAUCUGCAAAGGGAGAUUCCGAAAGCGACGAAGAUGACGAUGACGAUGUCGACCCAGAUGAUUUCCCCGAUGCGGAGCGGGACGACGAUGACGAGGAAGGUCUCAAACGAAGAUACAAGAAUGCCUUACGGGAACAAGGGAUUCAGGUUGAUGACGAUGACCCGACUCUGAAGGCAAUGCUAGCACAAACUCGGCGGGCAGGAUGA